AUGUCUUCCUCACAACCCUUCACCUCCUCUCCCGCCACGCCCAACACGCGCCGCAAACGCCGCUCCAAAUUCACAUACAAACACCUCUCCACGCUCGCGCACUCGGCUACCAGCUGUCCGCUACGAGUAAUCGCCCACAUCGAUCUCGAUGCCUUCUACGCACAAUGCGAGUUGGUGCGGCUGGAUUUACCCGCCGACCAACCCCUCGCCGUCCAACAAUGGCAAGGCCUCAUCGCCAUCAACUACCCAGCCCGCGCAUACGGUCUCAGUCGACACGUCACCGUCGCCGAGGCAAAAGAGAAAUGCCCCGACAUCAUCUGCCAACACGUCGCAACGUGGAAAGAAGGCGAUGCGAAAUGGGAAUACUGCGAAGAUGCGUGGAAAGAGAUCGCGACGAGGAAAGUCUCGUUGGAUCCGUACCGGAUUGAAUCGAGGAAGAUCUUGGCGGUGAUCAAGGAGAGUUUGCCGAGGGAGACGCAGAGGGUGGAGAAGGCGAGUAUCGAUGAGGUGUUUUUGGAUCUAUCUGCGCAGGUGCACGCGGUGUUGUUGGAGAGGUAUCCGGAAUUGCGAGGACCGCCGCCGUAUGAUGAUCCCUCGGAGCCUCUGCCACGGCCGCCCACGACCGCCUUGGACUGGGCGGCAGAUGCACUUGUGGAUCUCGACAGUUCACAUUCCGAAGAAGAUGACCCCGAUUGGGACGAUAUCGUCACGCUGGUUGCCUCGGAGAUCGUACGGGACGUGCGGGCAAGAAUUGAUGAAGAACUGCAUUAUACGUGCUCCGCUGGUAUCAGCAGGAACAAGAUGCUGGCCAAGCUCGGCUCCGGCCACAAGAAGCCCAACUCGCAGACGGUGAUUCGCAAUCGAGCCGUGCAGCACUUCCUCUCCGGCUUUAAAUUCACCAAGAUCCGUAAUUUGGGCGGGAAGUUGGGCGAUGAGGUUGUCGCGGCUUUCAAUACGGAUGCAGUGUCGGAGCUGCUUCCUGUGCCCAUCGAGCAACUGAAAAGGCAGCUGGGAGACGACACGGGAUCAUGGCUCUACGGUGUCCUUCGAGGCGAGGACAACAGCGAAGUCAACCCGAGAACGCAGAUCAAGUCCAUGCUCUCUGCGAAAUCUUUCCGUCCUUCCAUCAACAGCAUGGACGUAGCCUGUAAAUGGUUACGCAUCUUCGUUGCGGACAUCUUUGGCCGACUCGUGGAAGAAGGCGUGCUGGAGAACAAGCGCAGACCAAAGACCAUCAAUAUCCAUCAUCGCCAAGGUCAACAAACACGGAGCAAGCAAGCACCCAUCCCGAUGGGCAAGACGAUCACGGAAGACAUUCUGUUCGACCUCGCGCGGAAUCUCCUCGCCCAGGUCGUCGUGGAUGGACGAGCAUGGCCUUGCGCGAACCUUUCCCUGUCCGUCGGUGGCUUUGAAGAUGGCGUGACUGGGAAUAAAGGUAUCGGCGGCUUUCUUGUGCGAGGAGAGCAGGCGAAAUUGAUGAAUUCGACGACUUAUUCCACGGAUGCUCCGGUUGAGAAACGUCCGGCGCGAAAGAAGAGGAAGAUCAAAGUCGGUGGAAUCCCGACUUUCUUUGCGCAGAGGACGGAGAGCAGUCAUCGCGGCGACGAGAAUGAGGAUCAGGAUCAAACUCCACCCCGUGAGCAUAUGGACGAGGAUCUGCAGGAUGAAGAAGCCGAAGCGAACGCAGAAGCGACGGGACCACCUCACAGCCCAGUCGAAUUCUUAGAACUCCCACCUUCCGCCCAACAUCCGCUGCCCUCUCCCCCAGAACAGACACAGCCGCCUGGCCGAGAAGACGCCGACGCGACGACAACACCACCAGACACAUACACCUGCGACCGCUGCACGAGACGGAUCCCCGAAGCGGAGAGGGGCGAACACGACGAUUUCCAUUUCGCGCAGGAUCUACAGGCUACGGAGGAGCAGAGGAGUAGUCCUCCUCCACGGCCACCGCCCAAGCCCGUCCCGUCGGCGUCCGGGUCGACGAAGCAGAAAGGCAGAGGCGGCAGACCUCCUGCUGCGAAUGCGGAGAAGGGGCAGAGGAAGUUGGCGUUUGGAUAG